GGCUCCAAAACCGCGCUGCGGUUGCUUCUCGCCGAAGCCAAAGGCCAGAGCCCAUCGUCCAUCCAGCAGAGCAGGUCGGUGAACUCUCAUCAUGGAGAGGAGGGUAUCUCCACCUGACACUACAGAGCUGGAUGUGUACAUUUAUGACUAUCUGAUCAGCCGCAAUCUGAUCACGACCGCCCAAGCCUUUGUGGAGGAGACUCAAGCGAGGCCAUUUGCGACUGAUCUUCAAAAACUUGAUGUCCCUAAAGGACUUCUCUCUGAUUGGUGGUCUAUAUUUUGGGCACACUUCAGUUCAAGUCCAGGUGAUCUGGCAUACCCAGAAGGGCAUUCACUGGAGCAAAAAUCAUUGGAGGUGGGCGACCAUUUCAGUCAAGAAGAGGAGCAAAUGCAGCAAAGAGCUGCAACUCUUGCCAAUUCAAGUUGGUCAAACAAUGUCGUAUUCGACCGUAGAAUGCACUAUGAUCCUGUUGCUGAUUCAGCUCACAUGCAUUCUCAACAAUCCCACCAACUCCCUGGUAUUGGCAAGAUGGACAUACCUAAUUUAACUGUCCACAAGCGGUGA